UAUAUGAUUUGCUUGCUAAGUAAAGACAAGUGUGUUGAACUUUUGUACAUUGUGCAUGAAUUGCAUUAAAUCAAUUUUCUAAUACUUACAAAUAAGAGUUCAGAUAUCUGCUUAUACUAACGAAAAUCGAAAUGUUUCAAUUCGGAUUCAAUAUGUUUCACGAAAUAUCUAGGCCAUUUAAUAUGACUUAUAGAUGCUAUUCAGUCUCCAUGUUACCUGGGAAUGAGAGACAGGACGUUGAAAGAGGUGGUAAAAUAAUUAUGCCCCCAUCGGCAUUAGAACAACUCACAAGACUCAAUAUAGAAUAUCCUAUGAUAUUCAAGUUGACAAAUAAGAAAUCAAAGAGGCUCACUCAUUGUGGUGUGCUAGAGUUUGUAGCUGAUGAAGGAAGAGUGUAUCUGCCACAUUGGAUGAUGGCAAAUCUUGUUCUAGAAGAAGGAGCUUUAAUACAAAUUGAAAGUGUAUCACUACCUGUAGCAACAUUCUCUAAGUUCCAACCUUUAUCAGAAGAUUUUUUGGACAUUACAAAUCCGAAAGCUGUAUUGGAAAAUUGUUUGCGUAACUUCUCAUGUUUAACAACCGGUGACGUCAUCGCUAUAAAGUACAACUCAAAAGUCUACGAGCUGUGUGUCCUGGAGACCAAACCCGGGAAUGCUGUCAUCAUUAUAGAGUGCGAUAUGAAUGUAGAAUUUGCUCCACCAGUCGGGUAUAAGGAACAAGAUCACGUGUCAAGGUCAAAUGAUGGAGCAGUAGAAGGUAUGGAUGAAGAUCCUGCUGCGAUGAUGCCCGAAUCUAGUGGCUUCAGGGCGUUUAGCGGCGAAGGCAACCGCCUCGAUGGAAAGAAAAAGAAGUUGAUCAGCGAGAGUGAUUCCGAACCGGGAACUUCGCAACCCCGCCAGUCAUAUGUACGAGGCAUUCCGGAUUACGACUUUGUGAUUGGUACACUGCGAUUUAUCAGAAAUUCAAGACCAGCCAAAGACCCUAAAGAGGAGGCUCAAACCGAACCUUUUCAAGCAUUUACAGGCGAAGGAUUUACAUUGCGUACUGCCAAGUCUAAGAACUAAAACUGGUUUUCUGUAUCAGUACAUCGUGGUAUACGUUUGGUUGGAGUUAAUUAAACAGCUACUACGUGUUAAUUAAACUUGAAUAUUGUCAAAAUCUGAUGAAGAGAUUGUUACUGAUAAUUUUUUGUUUUGAAUAUAAAAGUCCUUUGAUAUUGUGAUAUUA